UCUUCCCACCUUGCUAUGGUGGAGCUCAAACAGAGGAUCCUAACCUCACUCUCUAAACUAUCCGACAGAGACACUCACCAGAUCGCCGUUGAAGACCUCGAAAAAACCAUCCAAACCCUAUCACCGGACGCUAUCCCCAUGAUCCUCAACUGCCUCUACGACGCCGCCACCGACCCCAAACCCGCCGUUAAAAAAGAAUCCCUCCGCCUCCUCACGGUGGUCUGCGCCGCCCACCCCGACUCCGCCUCCGCCCAUUUGACCAAAAUCAUCGCCCACGUCGUCCGCAGACUCAAGGACCCCGAUUCCUCCGCCCGGGAUGCGUGCCGCGACGCGGUCGGGGCGCUUGCGGCGCAGUACCUGAGAGGAGAAGGUGGUAAUGGUGGCGGUGGUGGUGGUGAUGGUAAUAAUGGGGGUCUUGGUUCUGUGGUGGCUUUGUUUGUGAAGCCUUUGUUUGAGGCAAUGGGGGAGCAGAACAAGGCUGUGCAGACUGGUGCUGCAAUUUGCAUGGCCAAGAUGGUUGAUUGCGCAGCCAACAAGCCCGUGCCGGCGUUCCAGAAGCUCUGCCCCAGGAUCUGCAAGCUUCUCAACAAUCCCAAUUUCUUGGCUAAGGCUGCGAUUUUGCCUGUUGUUGCUGGUUUGUCCCAGGUUGGAGCGAUUGCACCACAAAGCUUGGAACAUUUGCUACCUAGCAUUCAUGACUGCCUUGCUAGUACUGAUUGGGCAACGCGUAAAGCAGCAGCUGAGGCAUUAAGUUCCUUGGCUUUGCAUUCAAGCAGUUUGAUUACUGAUAGAACAGCACCCACACUGGCAGUGCUUGAGGCUUGCCGGUUUGACAAGAUAAAACCUGUGAGAGAUAGCAUGACAGAGGCAUUGCAAUUGUGGAAAAAGAUUGCAGGAAAAGGAGAUGGAUCUCCUGAUGAUUCCAAGCCCUUGUCUUCUAUUUUGUCUGAAACAAAUGACCUGAAAAAAGUAAAUUCUGUUGAGAGGAAGACUGAUACAUCAGCAAAGGAUUCAUCAACUAGUUCUUCAAACUUGGAUUCAACUGGUAAGGCCAAAGCAGCUGGCGUCUCAGAGAAGGCUGUUGUAAUAUUAAAAAAGAAAGCACCUACCUUAUCUGAUAAAGAAAUAAACCCAGAAUUUUUCCAAAAACUCGAAAGAAGGGGUUCAGAUGAUUUACCGGUGGAAGUAGUUGUUCCUCGCAGAUGCAUCAAUUCUUCAAGCUCAAACAAUGAGGAAGAAUCAGAGACAAGUGCUAAAGAUUCAAAAGAAAGAAAAAAUUCGGUUGGAAACAUACCUAAUGAUGACUUUCAUGGAUCUGCCACUAAUAAAUAUCGUAUCUUAGAGAGAAGCUAUGAUGGAAAUUCCAAACAAAGGAAUUAUGAUGAUUUUUCCCAUGACAGAUACUCUGAAAAGAGAGUGAAUGCAAAAGAACUGAGGACAAAAGCAUAUGACACUGAUGAUACCACUGAAAUUGACCAAAGAGAGGGUUCUGCCAAUCUUGCAGGUUUUUCAAAAUCUGAUGGUCAAUCCGAAGUACCCUUCUCCAAUAACAGAGGAAACUGGUUGGCCAUCCAGAGGCAGUUAAUGCAGCUGGAAAGACAACAGGUUCAUCUGAUGAACAUGCUGCAGGAAUUCAUGGGUGGAUCUCAUGAUAGCAUGGUGACUCUAGAGAACAGAGUACGAGGUCUUGAGAGAAUUGUUGAAGACAUGUCACGAGAUUUAUCGAUAUCAUCAGGUCGUAGAGGUAGUAACUUUACAGGGUAUGAAGGAUCAUCUAGUAGGCCUUCUAGCAAAUAUAAUGGUUUUAAUGACUGCUCCAUUGCCAAGUAUGGAAGAGGUGGUGAUGGACGUAUACCAUUUGGUGAAAGAUUUGCCCAAUCUGAUGGAAAUUCUUUAGGAAUGAGGGGAAGAGGGCCAUCUUGGAGAUCGGACAUGUCUGAGGGAUGGGAUUUUCCUGGGUAUGGUACUUCUAGAAAUGGCCAGAUUUCCUCAAGGAGGACUUUUGGUGGUAGUUUUGUUGAUGGAAGAUCACCAAAAUCAGCACACGAGAGUGAUCAAGCGGGCAGCAGGAGAGCUUGGGAUAAAGCAGCAUUGCCCAUCCAGCUUGGUGAGGGCCCCUCUGCAAGAAGUGUCUGGCAAGCUUCUAAGGAUGAAGCUACAUUGGAAGCAAUUCGGGUUGCUGGUGAGGACAAUGGAACAUCUCGAGCAACAAGAGUAGCAAUCCCCGAAAUGACUGCAGAAGCUCUGGCUGAUGACAAUGUUGGACAAGAGAGGGAUGCCAUCUGGACUUCUUGGAGUAAUGCGAUGGAUGCCCUUCAAGUAGGUGAUGUAGAAUCAGCCUUUGCCGAAGUAUUGUCCACUGCAGAUGAUCUUUUGCUCGUAAAACUAAUGGAUAGAACAGGCCCUGUAAUUGACCAACUUUCAAGUGAGAUCGCAUGUGAGAUGUUGCAUGCCAUUGGCCAAUUCUUACUGGAGCAGAAUCUGUAUGACAUCUGUUUUUCUUGGAUUCAACAGUUGGUGGAAAUAGUAUUGGAAAAUGGCCCCGAUACCUUUGGCAUUCCCAUGGAAGUGAAGAAAGAGCUCUUGCUGAAUUUACAUGAAGCUUCAACAGAUACAGCUGAGGAUUGGGAAGGCGUACCACCAGAUCAACUUUUAUUGCAGUUGGCAUCAGCCUGGGAAAUUGAUCUACAACAGCAUGACAAAUAGGUAAUAUGAGAGCAGACUUUGCUGGUACUUAGAUUCUGUCAUAUGUGUAAGUUUUUUGAGUUUGGGGGUGAUAUCCUUGAUAUUUCUAAUUUUCUAUUUGGAUGGUAUUGGAUGUAAGAUUUGAAAUAUAUAUGCUGUUCAGGUUUUGGGCCUCCACAUAAAAAUUACAAUGGCUGAUCCUAUACCGGUCAGAGCAAUGUUUGAUGGCCGUUGGAUAUCAUCUUUACAAAGUGGUGGUGUUUGGAUGUUAGAUAGUGCCCAACUAAGGCUUCUUAAAAACAUUGUAUAAAUUGAGAUGAUUGAACAAAUC